GGCUAUUUUUAGUACCAGGAAGAAAAAUGGGCCGGACCACAACCAGCGCAGUGUAUUUAUGUCUGCUAUCAUUAUGAGACACGAACGAUCCUACGAACAACAAUAUCGCCCUGAAAGAUGCUGCGGGAAGCAACAGACAUCGAGCGCAUCAUCUCCGAGAUAGACUCUUGUCGAGAACAGCUGCAUACGACGACCCUAGAGAGGCUGGUAGAGGAAAACAUGAACUUGGCGCAGCAGAUCCGCAUGUAUCGUACGUAUUGCGACUCGAUCCAGCGAGCAUCAGACAUUGCAGUAGCUAGCAUGGAACGAUUGCAGAACGCUCGCAGCUACUGCGGAGAACGGACUCGAAUUCCUCGGCGUGAAUCCAUUAGAUUUAGCUGGAUAUAAAUAAAAAUCCAUGUUACUGCCUGCCUUUAAAUACAUGCGGUGUCAGAGCGUUGUUAGCAGGCAUGAUCAUGGGAAGUGA